UAAUUUACAAGCCACACAUCAAAAUCAACUUACAACAAUAAGAGCAAACCCUUUUGUUUUCCUUCUCUUCAUUUGCUCUCCAUACGCCAAAUAUAAUAACAAUGGUGGCAAUGAAGAUGAAGCUUUUCGUGGCGGUUUUGGUUGCAAUGAUAGCUUUCUCUGCGGUUCAGCAAUCGGCUGCAGCGGUUGACGCUCCUGCACCGAGUCCUACCUCCGAUGCAUCCUCGUUUAUCCCUACUAUCUUCGCCUCCGUCUCGGUUUUGGUCGUUGGAUUACUCUAUUGAGAAGUUUUUCUUUGUGUGUUUUAAUUUAGUUAAAAUAUAAGAUCAACCGAUUGAUGUUUAAGUCUGGUCUUGUUUGUGUCUCUUGAUUUCCUGUAGUUGCUUAUAUGUCUUGAGUUUGAUCUCUUUCUAUUUCUUUUCUCUAUUUUCCAUGUAUGGUUGUCGAAGUUGACUCAUCCUAAUAUCAAUAAUAUUUAUUAUUUCCGUCUUGA